CAGUUUUGUUUAUAUUUGUGUAUAACCACAUAUAAGCUCCAGGUUGUACUUCAGCAAAAUGCCAAGAAAAGGUCAAAGGUCUCAGUCCCAGAAGCUUAGACGUCAGAAGGAGAAAGAACAGGUGAAUGUUUCUCAGAGCAGUGAGCAGGUAAAGGUGUGUGUUUCAACUUUUCCCAGCACUGAAGUGCAGAGCAGUGUUCAGACAGCCACAGUGUCUUAUGCAGAUGUGGUAAAGAGAGGUGUUCCCUCAGUGUCUGUCCCAGAGCCUGAAGUUAUGCAGGUAAUCCAUAUUGAACCCCAGGUAACUGUACAAACACAGCAUGAUGGUGAGACAGCCACAGUGUCUUAUGCAGAUGUGGUAAAGAGAGGUGUUCCCUCAGUGUCUGUCCCAGAGCCUGAAGUUAUGCAGGUAAUCCAGACUGAACCCCAGCUAACUGUACAAACACAGCAUGAUGAACAAGCUUCAGGACAGUCUCAUGUACAGGUUACAAACAGUGAAAGUCGUCCACGAGUGAGUAGCAUCUGUGCGUCCCAAAGCCAGGCUUCUCCUAGGUAUGGAAAGUACCGGAAUCAGCAAUGCAUGGCUAACAGUUUGGUUUUCCUGUCAUUCUUACACGAGGAUGAAUUUAUUACCAGAGCAGAUCUAAACCGUGUGUUGGACAAAGGCCAUGCCAUGCAUUCAGAUGCCAGAAAGAGGUUUGUGAACAGCGUGUUUCUAGCCACUGAUGAGCUUCCCACAGUGGUCACCAGCCGCAGACACGAGUAUCAAGUCGACAUGUCUCAGUUUGCUCAUUACGGCACAUUUGAUGGUACAGAUCACCUUCUGAGCCUUGAACAAGGACUACAGUGUUUGGCUUCAGACGUUCGCUACGCUUUGCUAGUCAUGGGAGGAACAGUCAUCGCUGUUUGCAGGCUGACUUCAGGACUUGGAUGAGAAAAAGAUUUACGCCAAUCCCGAGG